AAAAAAUAAGAAUAUAAGCUCGUAGUGCAACUGACGUUUUAUUGUUUACACUGGACGAGCAGAAGCGGCGUCUAAGUGGAAUGCUCAUUGCUUCAAAAGCUUGUGGAGAAAUACCAAAGACAUUAUCCAUUAUUUCUGCAGCAAUGAUGCAUAUAAAGUGUAGAGGAGGAUUUUAUCCACGUUCUGAGGAUAAGGUUCCCCGCUCUGAAGUGCCCGAUAACAAGGUCAGCUGGACAGUUCCCUUUCCUGAAUAUGCACCAACUGAAUAUACAGCACCACACAUUUUAGCUGGACCAGCAUAUGCAGACCCAAAUAUAGGAAGUGAUGGCUUCAGACCUGUGUGGAAUGCAGUAGAUGGAACUAUCAAUAGGGUUUCUCAUGAAGGAGUUUAUGAAUUUGAUAAUGGCAGACCAAGGAACCCUCGUGGCCGCACAGGAAUCAGAGGGCGUGGGGCCCUGGGUCGCUGGGGUCCAAAUCACGCCGCAGACCCUAUUGUCACCCGGUGGAAAAUGGAUGCUGGCCAGAAGGUCAUUCAUGAUGCGAGCAAAAAUCCAAUACUGCAGUUUGUUUGCAUCAAACGUCGGGACAGUGGCCAGUGGGCUAUCCCUGGGGGAAUGGUUGAUCCUGGGGAGAAGGUCAGUGUUACUCUGCAGAGGGAAUUCCAGGAAGAAGCUCUCAAUUUCUUGGAGAUGACAUCAGAACAGAAGUCAAAGGCAACAGAAGAACUGAAGGAGCUUUUCAGUGGAGGUAAAGAGAUUUAUUCUGGAUAUGUGGAUGACCCACGCAACACUGACAAUGCCUGGAUGGAGACCGUGGCAUACAACUUUCAUGACAGCAAACCAGAUGCAUUGCUUUACAAACUCCAGUUACAUGCUGGUGAUGAUGCCCAGGCUGUGAAGUGGCAAGACAUUUCACAUAAAUUAGAUCUGUAUGCAAGCCACAGAGACUUCAUUGAAACUGUGGCUAAGAAACACAGGGCUCAUUGGUAGACUGCAGGUAAGGCUCUGGGAAGGAUAGUAUGGAGAUUUUACUUUAAAUAUCUUGAUAAUAAAGAAUUAUUCAUUGAUUCCACACAAGUUGAAGAUUGUGUUGUCAUGCAGGUGUUUCCAUGUAGUGUACAUUGCAUACCAAUUCGGGUAAGGAAUAGAAGCAUAAAACUAGAAAUAUUAAUGAUGUACUGUAUGCAAUUUUACAUUUUGAUUUUUAAGAAAUAAUGGCUUUAGUAAUAUUUUCCAUUAAUUGCUAUUUGUUCCAGAUUACUGGAUUGCACAAGUGGAAGUCAUACUUCACUUUAUUUUUUUAUCACUUUUUCUCAUUGGAUAAGAUAUCCACUUUUGUGUUUGAGAUACAGUACAAAGAUAAUUUGUGCACAGGUAGUAAUAAAUAACAAUAAACUGGUUUAUCAUUAU